AUGGGUAAUUUUUUAGAAAAACUUUCAGAUCAAUCAUUUUUCAAUCUAUUUCAUCCUAAAGAAUGGUUUACUAUCUAAGAAUUUAAUCAAUAAUAUUUGAAUCCAUUUGAGUAAAUUAUCCAAAUAUUCACUAAGCAAAACAUAAAUUGAAUUAUUCUAUUCAACAUUUGAUUUUCAAAAUUACAUUCUCCAUAAAAAAGCAGAAAAUUAAGUCCUUAUUGAUCUACUCAAAGUCAUUAAUGCCAAUUGGAUGUUUUAAGGUCCUAAAAUGAUGUUACUUAUGAAAAAGUCUUUUUUCACAUUCUAUUUCUAUGAAUAAGCUUUUCAAUCAAACUUAAAUGAAUAUAAAUAAUGUAUUCAAACAAAUGAUUAACGACAGUGCAUUCAAAUAUUAAAUUUUAAAUAAUUAACCUUAUAUGAAUAAUAAAGAGAAAAAAUGAAAUUUUCAGCUGAAGAAGUUAAAAAAUUAUGA